CAUCCGGGUCGGCCGGGUCCAAACAGACUCGAUCGUAAGACCACCACACCACACCACACAAACACGCCGUGGCCAGGGGAGAAGGACGAAGCCAACACCAGCAAGAAGAAGAUAAUGACGACGACGACGACGACGUCAUCCAAGGCGACGGGGCCAUGGAGCAGGCUGUCGGCGGCGGAGGCGGCCGUGAACCGCGCCGUGGCCGGGAGCCGCGUGGGGGCCUACUUCAAGCUGGACGCGCGGAAGAGCACCUUCACCAAGGAGCUCCGCGCGGGCGCCGCCACGUUCCUCACCAUGGCCUACAUCAUCUCCGUCAACGCCGCCGUCCUCACCGACUCCGGCGGGCCGUGCACGGCGCGGGACUGCACCCCCGUGGCCACCGCCAACUCCACGGUCGUCGUCCCGCCUGGCCCGGAGUGCACGGUCGUCGGGGCCAACCCGGGGUACCAGCAGUGCCUGGCGCGCACCAAGAGCGACCUCAUCGUGGCCACGGCCGUGGCCGCCAUGGCGGGCUCCUUCGCCAUGGGCGUCUUCGCCAACCUUCCCUUGGCGCUUGCGCCCGGCAUGGGCGCCAACGCCUACUUCGCCUACAACAUGGUGGGGUUCCACGGGUCAGGCCCCAUCGGCUACCGCACGGCGCUGGCCGUCGUGAUGCUGGAGGGACUCGUCUUCUUCGCGCUGUCCGCCGUGGGUCUCCGGUCAAGGCUGGCCCGGAUGAUCCCGCGGAACAUCCGGCUGGCCUCGGCGUUGGGGAUCGGCCUGUUCCUGGCCUUCACGGGCCUGCAGGCGCACCAGGGCGUCGGGCUCGUCGGCGCCAGCCCGUCGACGCUGGUCACGCUCACGGCCUGCUCCGACGUGGACCCGGCCACGGGCGCCUGCCUCGGCGGCACCAUGCGGUCACCGACGUUCUGGCUCGGCGCCGUGGGGUUCCUCAUCACGGCCACCUGCCUCGCCAGGGACGUCAAAGGGAGCAUGAUCUACGGCAUCCUCUUCGUCACCGUCGUGUCCUGGAUCAGAGGCACCAGCGUGACGGUGUUCCCGGACACGGCGGCGGGCAAUGCCGGCUUCGAGUACUUCAAGAAAGUGGUGGACUUUCACAUGAUCCGGACCACCGCCGGGAAGCUCAGCUUCGCCGGCUUCCGGCACGGCAACGUGUGGCUGGCCUUCUUCACGCUCCUGUACGUGGACGUCCUGGACACGACGGGGACAAUGUACUCGAUGGCGGAGUACGCCGGGUUCGUGGACGAGGACGGCGGCGGCGGGUUCGAGGGCGAGUACCGCGCGUUCCUGGUGGACGCCGGGUCGACGGUGCUCAGCGCGGGGCUGGGGAGCUCGACGGUGACCACCUACAUCGAGUCGACGGCGGGGAUCCGGGAAGGCGGGCGGACGGGGAUCACCGCCGUCACCGUGGCCGCCUGCUUCCUGGCGUCGCUCUUCUUCGGCCCGCUGCUCAUGAGCGUGCCGCCGUGGGCAGUGGGACCGUCGCUGGUGCUCGUGGGCGCCAUGAUGAUGCGCGUCGCCAGGGACAUCGAGUGGGGCGACAUGAAGGAGGGCGUCCCGGCGUUCGUCACCAUGGCGCUCAUGCCGCUGUCCUUCUCCAUCGCCUACGGCAUCAUCGCCGGGCUGGGAGUCUACGUCGCGCUGCACUGGUACGACUGGGCGAGACACGGGUACGGCAAGCUCAGCAACGCGCUGGACGAGCGCCGGAACCAGGUGGCCGCCGCCGCCGGCGAAAUCGGCACGGCGCCGGCAGCGCACGACGUCGUCUGACGAUCGAACUCCCGAUGUGUGCGUGCAAGACCGUAGCAGCAGCUGGUCGUGUUGUUUAGUAGGCUGGCUACCCGCAACAAAAAAAAUAUAUAUGAUGUUGUUGUUUAGUAGGGUGAUUAUUAGCUUUUUUAGCUUGAUCAUGCAUCAUCACUUUGGGAGGGCUUUCAGAUGGCAGGGGUUGGUGCUGGGGGCCCUGUGUAUGUAUGGUAAAGGGGCUGGCUGCUGGGGAGAUUCUUGAUGUGUUUGUACUUUGACCAUCAUUGCAGCCUUCUCAUUUGAUUCCCUCACACUUGCUUUAGGGUCUGUGUUUGAUUGCUACACCUGCACGAGGGCUAGUGUCCAUCAACCCGGGCGUUGCGCGGGUUUUUAUUUAUUUUUAGCUAAAAUUUUUGUUAUUAAUUUGUUAGCAUAUUACAUGAAGAUGGAUAGAUUAUUCUCAA